AUGAGUCCCAACCCCGAAAACGAAUACUACGAAGAUGUACUGCCAUCGUUUGAGAUGCACAAUUUCCUGUUCAAUCGAACGCUCUUCGAUACCGAGAGAAUCCCUCAAUCGGGUUUGCCCCAAUACGGGGAAUCAUACCCUGAAUCCACCACAUCUUCGCAGUCUGUAGCUGCUGAGAACCAGAUCUCGCCAAUUGACAAUCCGGAUCUACUUGUGCUCAAUAACCUGAGUACCCUCCAGACAAUCGAUUUGCCUUUAAAGGUGUCUAUCGUCUUUACGAAAAAAUACCCUGUUUUCGGGGAACCUUAUGAAAAGGAGUCUCCUCUUCGAUGCUACCAGCCCGGAGAUAUGAUUGUUGGGUUUGUGACUGUCGAAAACACAUGUAAUGAAAUCAUCCCGUUCGAAAUGCUUCUUGUCUCGCUUGAGGGAACGAUGACUGCUCCCCAGUCUCCCAAUAGCACCUGCUCCAAAUAUCACCGACAAACAUUUUUGAGAACAUACGACCUGAGUGCUUGCUUCCACCACGGCUGUAUAAACCCAACUCCGUAUAAAAUGGGGGAAUGCUUAUCAAGGGACCCUGUGGAUGACACCUUGUACGGAUUUGGUGACUUGAAACAAAUUUUCCCCGGAGCCAAGCAUAAAAAAUGUUUUGCGUUCCGACUGCCCUCAUAUCUGCUAGAGACUUCGUGCUCUAGUGGCACGCUCGAUCACUUGCCAGUGCCUCCGAGCUUUGGAGUGAGUCCCUUCGCUUUAGGUGGCAAGGCAAUGGAUAUCAGAGUCAAUGAAGCUCUCGGUUACGGUAGAGCGGACGAGCAAGGAUCUCCCAUUGUUACCAACGAUCUCGGCGACAAGGGCCUGUCAAUUACUUACAGUGUCAAUUUGAGGUUACUGGGAAGACCACAGGAGCUUUAUAAGAGGUUUUACAAGCGUCACACAACUCACGAUUAUCAGUUCAUCAUCGUGAGAGACUUCAGUGUUCCCUUCCGAUUUACAAACACCAAUAUUCCAGCAUGCUACGAUGGCGGAAGUGCCGAGAAGCAGUUAGACAAGAUCGAGCACCAAGUGGCAGAGCUUCUUGUUGAUCUCGAGGAGCGUGGAGGCUUGAUUGAGGCCGGAAUUAUUGACACUGAAGAACAAGACCAGCUACUGGCGGCACAGGGUGCCGACAAAAAGAAGUGUCUCGACUCUUUGGGGGAUCCAACAUCAAACAUUCCGUCCAAAAUUAGGUUGGGUAAAGGGUUUUUGAAGACUGAUGCAGAACUUGAGAUUGACAUCCAGAGCACAGAUGGAAUGGCUUUGACUUCAUUCGAGCCUGCUCCCUUGAAGAGAGUUGCUUUGGCUUGCGUCAAAAGGAGCACUGGUCAGCUCCCGCAAUAUAGGCCGUUCACAACCUCAAACACGUCAUCAAUUUUUGAAGACGUUAGUGUGUCCACCGCCCCUACAGAGCUGAACACAGAGCUCACUCAUAUCGAGUUUGUUUUGAAAACAAACGACAAUGCGUUGGUGUUGCCUCAAGAUAUUACCGUGAAGCCUGGUUUGAGAGCGUUCAACAUCUAUUCUGGCCAUCACCUUCCUUUGGUGUUCAACGAGAAUACUCCUUGUAGGUUUUAUGAUACGGGGUCUUUUUUCAAGAUCAACAGAAAAUUCGAAACCUACUUAUGGGAGCUGAAACGUCUUGCAAAGAGAACAAAUCGUCCUAUAUCCAAGCACCUAUAUGAAAGCUUGCUUAGUCUGAACAAGAUGAGAUGUAAAGGGAAUACUCUCGACGUUUUUGAGGUGCAACGCAUACGACUGAAGUGGGAGAAAACCAAAGAAGGAUUCGUUGCCAACGUUAAAGUUCCGCUGAUUUACGAGAGCAGGAAAACACGUAACGUGCAUUUGAUUCCAAGCUUCCAGACCUGUUUUCUGGCAAGACAGUAUGUUCUGGAGCUCAAGAUAGGAAAAAACAAGCCCUUGGGGAUACCGAUCCGGGUUGCCUAA